AUGGAGUGUUUAUUGCAGGACGCUCGUGAGAGAAGAUUAGAUGUGGUCGCAACGCAAGAAAGCAGGGUGAGCGAGUGGAUUAACGGCGAAAAGGCUGAUGAGUUCUACCUU